AAUGUUUUAAUUUUCAAGUACUGUUAUUUUUUGCUUACUUUAUAUAAAACAGCAAUUCCCCAGAAUGCAAAGCACAUUUUUUUUAAUAUAAUUUUUUUGGAAACAAGUUCCCAAGUUAAGAUUCAAGGACUGAAAAAUAAGAGUAAAGAGGAUGGGAUUAGGAAAUUGGAGUUAAUUUGCCUGUAGUGAAGAAAGCUGUGGAGCAAUUCAUGAUGCUUCUUGGGCUCCAACACAAUUUCAACCAGCGAACAGUGAGCCAAAGAUGUUUGUCUUGCUCUAUGUUACAAGUUUUGCCAUUUGUGCCAGUGGACAACCUCGGGGUAAUCAGUUGAAAGGAGAGAACUACUCCCCCAGGUAUAUCUGCAGCAUUCCUGGCUUGCCUGGACCUCCAGGGCCCCCUGGAGCAAAUGGUUCCCCUGGGCCCCAUGGUCGCAUCGGCCUUCCAGGAAGAGAUGGUAGAGACGGCAGGAAAGGAGAGAAAGGUGAAAAGGGAACUGCAGGUUUGAGAGGUAAGACUGGACCACUGGGUCUUGCCGGCGAGAAAGGGGACCAAGGAGAGGCUGGGAAGAAAGGACCCAUGGGACCAGAGGGAGAGAAAGGAGAAAUAGGUCCAGUUGGUCCUCCUGGACCAAAGGGAGACAGAGGAGAACAAGGGGACCCGGGGCUGCCUGGAGUUUGCAGAUGUGGAAGCAUCGUGCUCAAAUCUGCCUUUUCUGUUGGCAUCACAACCAGCUACCCAGAAGAAAGACUACCUAUUAUAUUUAACAAGGUCCUCUUCAAUGAGGGAGAGCACUACAACCCUGCCACAGGGAAGUUCAUCUGUGCUUUCCCAGGGAUCUAUUACUUUUCUUAUGACAUCACAUUGGCUAACAAGCAUCUGGCAAUUGGACUGGUACACAAUGGGCAGUACCGGAUAAAGACCUUCGACGCCAACACAGGAAACCAUGAUGUGGCUUCGGGGUCCACAGUCAUCUAUCUGCAGCCAGAAGAUGAAGUCUGGCUGGAGAUCUUCUUCACAGACCAGAAUGGCCUUUUCUCAGACCCAGGUUGGGCAGACAGCUUAUUCUCCGGGUUUCUCUUAUAUGUUGACACGGAUUACCUAGAUUCCAUAUCAGAAGAUGAUGAAUUGUGAUCAGGACCAAGAUCCCUGUGGUAGACACUCUGAUUGAAUCUGGGGUUCCAGAAGGUGGAACAAGCAGGGAUGGGAUCCAAAGAGAACCCCACUCAGAUUCUAAAGCAUUUAAAGACAAUUCUAACAGAAUUUAUCAAAACAAGAUGAAACACAGAAAAGUUGAAACCACAACAAAAUGAAUUCUAUUAAAGAAUUGCCCCAAAUAUAAAUUCUCUUGAAAGAAAUGUUCAUAAAUAUUUAAGCAAAUUAAAGACAAUGUUAACAAAUUUUCUAUUAAAUGCCCUGAGUGAUAAAACCAGUUGGCAAUAAUAUUGCCUUAUUAAAUCUUCAAAAAAUAUAUUUUAGUCCAUUAUUUAAGAAAAACAUAACAUCCCAAAAUCUUUGACAAUUCUUGAAAGGCUAUAUAGUAAGUCAAAAACCAAAGGUAAGAGAUGCUAACUAUUUUUCAAGCAAGCUACAGAGAAAUGAUAAAUGUCUUUUGUUUUAUUAUUUAUUCCUUCACGUUUGUAUAUAUUCACUCAACAACCCUUUAAUGAGCCUGUAAGGACCAGACACUGUGGCGCUGAAACAGAUUUAAUAAUGAGUUAAGACAAAGCCCCUACCUACGGGCUAGUGUGUGGUGAUCAAACUAUCACAAUUCAGUGUGAUGAGCAGCAUAGCAAACAGAUGGAUUUGAUGCUAAAAGCACACAGGGUCUGCUAUUCCUGAGGCCGGGGGCCAGAGAAGCUUUUACACAUGGAAAAACACUAAUCAUGCCAAGGUGUAUGUGUUUAAGUGGGUGUGAUGGAUGCAAAGGGAAUGAUGAAUUCAGCACUGCAUUCUCUUUGCACCCUCAGUGCAUGAUUGGUAUUCUCAACAGCAAAGGGGUAAAAAAUCUAGAGACAGAGGAGGCCUGGCAGGGGCGAUAAAAAUAAAGAUUGAAAUGAAGAGAAAUAGCCAGCAGGUGAUUCUUCUAAAUCCUUUAGCGUGAUGGUUUCCCAAGACAAACAUUUGUCCUAAUAGCUUUCUCAUAAA